AGAGUGCAGGUACUUUGCCUUCAGAAUAAUUUGCAGGACCCAAGCAAGCUUUCGGAGCGCCCCGGGUUUCUGGCCUCUGCCCCCCUCCUCCCGAAAAGAAGAUCCCACUUUUUUUUGAAACAAACAGAACCCGAAGCACCCGACCCGAGGCGCAGCCCGACGGGCGGCUGGCUGAGCGUGUGCUGUCCUUGCUGGCAAUUUAUUCUGGGCCUGUGUGGAAUAGAAAGACAAUUCUUUCUUUGACUGGUAGGAGAGAAAAGAGAAGACUCUUCAGGGUUUCCAAGGAAGACGGGCGCGGAUGCUUUAGUGAAGAAAAUGGAGACUCAAAGAAGUAAAGGGCCUGCUGCAAAGCCACACUAACAGGAAAUCUUGAGGAGUUUGACACUUUUCAUCCUCCAGCCACUAACUAUCUCCAGGGGGUAAUCUAUACAUUGGUAGGAAUAAAGAGCAGUCAGUUCCUGGCCUGUGAUAUUCCAGUUAAGGCAUCUGCCUGACAGCAUGUUGGCACCAGCAUUGAAGGAAACGAUGGACUUCAGCUCCAGGUUCCUGUCCUGAGACCACAGCAGAAUGUGCCUUGGACAAAGGCUUGGACUCCUGGAUCAUUCGGUGACUUCAAAAAUCUGGUCUCAGGGUGGUGAACUUUUUCUUUGAGUUCCUAACCUGUGAGCUUCUGAUAAUGGUGCCUGUUAAUUAAAUGAAUAACUGUGGUUUUGAAGAUCUCAAGGCCAGGGACUGUGUCUGAAAAUACCGACAGUCAUUAACAAAGGGAGACGUCUGGUGAACACCCGUGGGAUCUAAAGAACAAGCUCUGAAAGGGUUCCAGCUGAAACUUCAGAUCAGAUAGACCCGCUGCAGCUUCACAGGCAGUGACCCCAAGCUGCCAGUGCACGCUGCUGCAAAGUGCAAGGAUGGUGCACAUAGCCAGGCCGCUGCUGCUGCUGCUCGCUUUCCUCCUCCACGCGGAUGCCGAGACACCUCCAAGGUUUACACGAACUCCCGUUGACCAGACUGGGGUCUCUGGUGGAGUUGCUUCUUUCAUUUGUCAAGCUACUGGAGACCCAAGACCAAAAAUUGUCUGGAACAAAAAAGGGAAGAAAGUCAGCAAUCAGAGAUUUGAGGUAAUAGAGUUUGACGAUGGAUCUGGAUCAGUUCUCAGAAUACAGCCCUUGCGGACUCCAAGGGAUGAGGCCAUUUAUGAAUGUGUGGCCUCGAAUAAUGUGGGAGAAAUAAGUGUAUCCACCAGACUCACAGUUUUGCGUGAGGAUCAAAUUCCCAGGGGCUUCCCUACCAUUGACAUGGGCCCACAGUUGAAGGUGGUUGAGCGUACACGCACAGCCACCAUGCUUUGUGCAGCCAGUGGGAAUCCAGACCCAGAAAUCACUUGGUUUAAAGAUUUCUUACCUGUUGACACAAGCAACAACAAUGGCCGUAUUAAGCAGCUGCGAUCAGGCGCCCUUCAGAUCGAACAGAGUGAAGAAUCUGACCAAGGAAAAUAUGAGUGUGUUGCCACCAACAGCGCGGGCACUCGCUAUUCUGCCCCUGCCAAUUUAUAUGUCAGAGUUCGUCGUGUACCACCAAGAUUCUCUAUCCCACCCACUAAUCAUGAAAUCAUGCCAGGUGGAAGUGUUAAUAUCACCUGUGUGGCCGUGGGGUCACCAAUGCCUUAUGUAAAGUGGAUGUUGGGGGCAGAAGAUCUGACACCUGAAGAUGACAUGCCAAUAGGAAGAAAUGUCCUAGAACUCAAUGAUGUAAGACAGUCAGCAAAUUACACCUGUGUAGCUAUGUCAACACUGGGUGUCAUUGAAGCAAUAGCACAGAUCACUGUCAAAGCCUUACCCAAACCUCCAGGAACUCCAGUUGUGACUGAGAGCACAGCUACAAGCAUCACAUUAACAUGGGACUCUGGGAACCCUGAGCCUGUCUCUUACUACAUCAUUCAGCAUAAACCUAAAAAUUCUGAGGAAGCUUACAAAGAAAUUGAUGGGGUGGCAACCACUCGCUACAGUGUGGCCGGACUAAGUCCCUACUCAGAUUAUGAGUUUAGGGUUGUCGCCGUCAAUAACAUUGGGCGAGGGCCUCCCAGUGAGCCUGUGCUAACUCAGACUUCAGAGCAGGCACCAUCCAGUGCCCCGCGGGACGUCCAGGCACGCAUGUUGAGUUCCACCACCAUUUUGGUCCAGUGGAAAGAACCUGAAGAGCCAAAUGGACAGAUUCAAGGAUACAGAGUUUAUUAUACGAUGGACCCCACACAGCAUGUUAAUAACUGGAUGAAACACAAUGUAGCUGACAGCCAAAUCACUACUAUUGGCAACUUAGUACCCCAGAAAACAUAUUCUGUCAAAGUCCUGGCUUUUACCUCAAUUGGAGAUGGCCCUCUUUCAAGUGACAUACAAGUCAUCACGCAGACAGGAGUACCAGGGCAGCCACUGAACUUUAAAGCAGAACCUGAGUCUGAGACAAGUAUUUUGCUCUCUUGGACACCUCCACGUUCAGAUACUAUUGCCAACUACGAACUGGUCUACAAAGAUGGGGAACUUGGAGAAGAGCAACGAAUUACCAUUGAGCCGGGGACAUCUUAUAGACUGCAAGGGCUGAAACCAAACAGCUUGUACUAUUUCCGUCUGGCUGCACGGUCUCCACAAGGCCUGGGUGCUUCAACAGCUGAAAUAUCAGCUAGAACCAUGCAGUCAAAGCCGUCAGCUCCUCCUCAAGACAUUAGUUGCACCAGCCCAAGUUCCACUAGCAUUUUGGUAAGUUGGCAACCUCCACCUGUGGAAAAACAGAAUGGCAUUAUCACUGAAUACUCAAUCAAGUACACCGCAGUGGAUGGAGAAGAUGACAAACCUCACAAGAUUUCGGGAAUUCCUUCGGACACUACCAAAUACCUUUUGGAACACCUGGAUAAAUGGACUGAGUACCGGAUCACCGUGACAGCCCACACAGAUGUCGGCCCGGGCCCGGAGAGCUUGUCUGUGUCGAUGCGAACAGAUGAAGACGUUCCUAGUGGUCCUCCUCGAAAAGUCGAGGUAGAGGCUGUCAACUCAACAUCUGUUAAAGUCUCAUGGCGCUCACCUGUGCCCAAUAAACAGCAUGGCCAGAUAAGAGGAUACCAGGUGCAUUACGUGAGGAUGGAAAAUGGUGAGCCCAAGGGCCAGCCCAUGCUGAAGGAUGUCAUGCUGGCUGAUGCACAGUGGGAAUUUGAUGAUACUACUGAACAUGACAUGAUUAUUUCUGGGCUACAACCUGAAACUUCCUACUCCCUCACCGUCACAGCCUAUACCACCAAAGGAGAUGGUGCUCGCAGCAAGCCUAAACUUGUGUCCACCACUGGGGCAGUUCCAGGGAAACCCCGGCUUGUGAUUAACCACACUCAGAUGAAUACCGCACUCAUUCAGUGGCACCCUCCUGUGGACACAUUUGGACCUCUUCAAGGCUACCGUCUAAAAUUUGGCCGGAAGGAUAUGGAGCCUCUCACUACUCUUGAAUUCUCUGAAAAAGAAGAUCACUUUACAGCUACAGACAUCCACAAAGGCGCAUCGUACAUCUUCAGACUCUCAGCCAGAAACAAAGUGGGUUUUGGGGAGGAGAUGGUGAAGGAGAUCUCUGUUCCAGAAGAAGUCCCAACUGGAUUUCCUCAAAACCUCCAUUCAGAGGGCACCACUUCAACCUCCGUCCAGUUAUCUUGGCAGCCACCUGUCCUGGCAGAGAGAAAUGGCAUUAUCACCAAGUAUACCCUUCUGUAUAGGGAUAUCAACAUCCCUCUUCUUCCAAUGGAGCAGCUUAUUGUUCCAGCUGACACCACUAUGACACUCAAUGGCUUAAAACCAGAUACUACAUAUGAUGUAAAAGUACGUGCUCACACGAGCAAAGGGCCCGGGCCAUAUAGUCCCAGUGUCCAGUUCAGGACACUGCCUGUGGAUCAAGCAGUGUUCGCAAAAAAUUUUCAUGUCAAAGCAGUAAUGAAGACUUCAGUACUACUGUCUUGGGAGAUUCCAGAGAAUUAUAAUUCUGCCAUGCCUUUCAAAAUUCUUUAUGAUGAUGGGAAAAUGGUAGAAGAAGUGGAUGGCCGAGCUACACAGAAGUUAAUUGUGAACCUGAAGCCUGAGAAGUCAUACUCAUUUGUGCUGACAAAUCGUGGAAACAGUGCUGGGGGGCUGCAGCACCGGGUAACAGCAAAGACAGCACCCGAUGUGUUACGCACCAAGCCUGCCUUCAUUGGGAAGACCAACUUGGAUGGCAUGAUAACUGUGCAACUGCCUGAAGUACCUGCAAAUGAGAAUAUAAAAGGUUACUACAUAAUAAUUGUGCCUUUGAAGAAAUCUCGUGGGAAAUUUAUCAAGCCAUGGGAGAGUCCAGAUGAGAUGGAAUUAGAUGAGCUGCUUAAGGAGAUAUCUAGGAAACGCAGAAGCAUUCGUUAUGGGAGAGAAGUUGAAUUAAAGCCAUAUAUUGCUGCUCACUUUGAUGUGCUUCCCACUGAGUUCACCCUGGGGGAUGACAAGCAUUACGGUGGAUUUACAAACAAGCAACUCCAAAGUGGUCAAGAAUAUGUCUUCUUUGUGUUAGCAGUGAUGGAACAUGCAGAGUCUAAGAUGUAUGCAACCAGCCCUUAUUCCGACCCUGUUGUAUCAAUGGAUCUGGAUCCACAGCCAAUUACAGAUGAAGAAGAAGGCUUGAUCUGGGUUGUAGGGCCUGUCCUUGCGGUGGUCUUUAUCAUCUGCAUUGUCAUAGCUAUUCUUCUUUACAAAAGGAAAAGGGCAGAGACCGACUCUAGAAAGAGCAGCAUACCAAACAGUAAGGAGGUUCCUUCACACCAUCCAACAGACCCAGUAGAACUGAGGCGCCUUAAUUUCCAAACUCCAGGUUCAGAUGAUUCCGGUUACCCUGGUAACCUUCAUUCUUCAAGUAUGGCUAGCCAUCCUCCAAUACCUAUCUUGGAACUUGCAGAUCACAUUGAAAGGUUGAAAGCAAAUGACAACUUGAAGUUUUCCCAGGAAUAUGAGUCUAUUGACCCUGGCCAGCAAUUCACCUGGGAACAUUCAAACUUGGAAGUAAAUAAACCAAAGAAUAGAUAUGCAAAUGUCAUUGCAUAUGAUCAUUCCCGGGUUCUCCUAUCAGCAAUAGAAGGCAUCCCAGGAAGUGACUAUGUGAAUGCCAAUUAUAUAGAUGGCUAUAGGAAACAAAAUGCCUAUAUCGCCACACAGGGAUCUCUCCCUGAAACAUUCGGGGACUUUUGGAGAAUGAUAUGGGAACAGCGAAGUGCUACAGUCGUUAUGAUGACCAAACUAGAAGAACGGUCCAGGGUGAAAUGUGACCAGUAUUGGCCCAGCAGAGGCACAGAAACCCAUGGGCUGGUCCAAGUGACACUGCUGGACACCGUGGAGCUGGCCACAUACUGUGUUCGAACAUUUGCACUUUACAAGAAUGGUUCGAGCGAGAAGAGAGAAGUGAGACAAUUCCAAUUUACCGCAUGGCCUGAUCAUGGUGUUCCAGAGCACCCUACACCUUUUCUAGCUUUCUUACGAAGAGUCAAAACCUGUAACCCUCCUGAUGCAGGCCCGAUGGUUGUACACUGCAGUGCGGGAGUUGGCCGGACUGGUUGUUUCAUUGUCAUAGAUGCCAUGUUAGAAAGAAUAAAGCAUGAAAAAACUGUAGAUAUUUAUGGCCAUGUCACUUUAAUGAGAGCCCAGAGGAAUUACAUGGUUCAGACCGAGGACCAGUACAUCUUUAUCCACGAUGCACUGUUGGAAGCAGUGACGUGUGGAAAUACCGAAGUGCCGGCUAGAAACUUGUAUGCCUACAUUCAGAAGCUGACUCAAAUAGAAGCAGGAGAAAAUGUCACAGGAAUGGAGCUUGAAUUUAAGCGUCUAGCCAGCUCUAAAGCUCACACCUCAAGGUUCAUCAGUGCCAAUCUUCCAUGUAAUAAAUUCAAAAAUCGCCUUGUUAAUAUUAUGCCAUAUGAAUCCACAAGGGUAUGCCUGCAGCCUAUCCGAGGAGUCGAAGGAUCUGACUACAUCAAUGCCAGUUUUAUUGAUGGAUACAGACAACAGAAAGCCUACAUCGCUACCCAGGGACCGUUGGCAGAGACCACAGAAGACUUCUGGAGGAUGCUCUGGGAACACAAUUCUACAAUUGUGGUGAUGCUCACCAAGCUGCGGGAGAUGGGCAGAGAGAAAUGUCACCAAUACUGGCCAGCAGAACGAUCUGCAAGAUACCAGUACUUUGUUGUGGACCCGAUGGCUGAGUACAACAUGCCACAGUACAUCCUAAGAGAAUUCAAAGUCACAGACGCCAGGGACGGUCAGUCCCGAACAGUGAGGCAGUUCCAGUUCACGGACUGGCCAGAGCAAGGAGUGCCAAAGUCCGGAGAAGGAUUUAUUGACUUCAUCGGCCAAGUCCAUAAAACCAAGGAGCAAUUCGGCCAAGACGGACCCAUUUCAGUCCACUGCAGUGCGGGCGUCGGAAGAACCGGAGUCUUCAUCACACUGAGCAUUGUUUUGGAAAGAAUGAGAUAUGAAGGCGUUGUCGAUAUCUUCCAGACUGUGAAAAUGUUAAGAACACAACGACCAGCCAUGGUACAGACAGAGGAUCAGUAUCAGUUCUGCUAUCGGGCCGCACUCGAGUACCUGGGCAGCUUUGAUCACUAUGCAACGUAGAAACCCCCAACCCAUUUCGGAUUUUUACUACAUGCCCUUCCACAUCCACGGAGUCUCUUCUGAGCCAUACAGGGCACUUGAGAAGUCCUCUUCACUUCUAGCUAACCACCACCUAGUGGGACUAGGACACACAAAACAAAUGUACAAAACUCUUCCAGGUGGACCAAGAAUUCCAUGGAACGAUCGAACCUGAAAAACAAGAGCGAAUCCUGACUGAUGAGGCAUCUGAAGGAUUUCCUUGGCAGAUACCUCGAGGAUUCCAAAGAAAGGGAAGAAGACAUCACAGCCAAGACCCAGCACCUUGGGCAGGAUUGCUCGAGUGGUGUGAGGAGGAAUGGCCAGCGGGGGCGGUGCAGGGCAACACGUUGGCUGGUGUGGCUUCUCAUGAGAACAUGGACUCUGCUUUGACAUCACCCCUUCCCACCAUCCUGCUCAUAGUCACAUUUUAGGGGGAAAGGCGGGGGGUGGGGGAUGUUUCACAAAAGAAAGUCUUGGAUUUAGUUUUUUAGGAUUGUAAAGAUACUGCUGACCUGUGCUUCAUUUUUAACUGUGUCCACUUUUUUUUUUAAUCAAUGUCUCAUUCGAUAAAGUGACUUUUCACGUUCCAUAACUCUUCAUUUUUUUUAUUUCCAAAUGGUAGCUUUUUUUUCACCUGUAUCACUUCUCUGUACUAGCUGGCUGUAGAAAUAUCAACGACUUGGAACAUUGGCACAUUUGGCUGCAAUACUCCAUCUACAGUAUCGGCCUGUCAGAGAUGCCUUUGACACUUACGUUCCCUUUGCAUUGGUGAGCAAGUACCCAUUCUGUUCCAAGAGAACGCUUUCUUUGCUUUUCAGAAUCAACAGGGAGGCGCAAAGUAUAAAGUUGCUGCUAACAUAUAUACAUAUAGAGCCACACCGCCUAGGGGUGUCUAUGUAUAUAGAGACAGUGUGUCCACACUCAAAGAGAGAUCUCGCUAGUGUGCCACUCCUCCACGAUUUCCUUUGGGUAAGCUACAAAAGCGAUCGUAAGCAGUCUGUCGCUUACUCACUGGAGGACAUAAGGGUCGUUCCUUUCGGAAGGGACAUGAGGAAUGCACAUCAGCGAUCGAUUGUCAAGCCUCACCCCCUCGAUUCCCCCUACCCACCUGAUCCUAUUCACCAAUACCAUUCUGUUAACCAGGCUUCCCAAAACAGUUCACUAUUUCUACCACUCUAGUGCAAUAAAACAAUUAUGAACUAGCUAAGAGGUGUGCAUGUGGGAAAGGUCAGUGCAUAUCCCUUUAGGAGGGGAGAAUGUUGUAAUAUAUCAGCUAUCCAGUUGUUUCCAAACCGUGUACUCAAUCGUUUCUUGUCUAUAGUAUGUGCUAUGAAAUUUGCAUUUAUGAUGUCACAGGGGCAAAGCCAAACUCAUGUUACUCUGUUCCGUCACCACCAUUCUGUGGCAUACGGCAUUCCUGGGAAGUGCUGUACUUGGUUUGGUUUGGGUUUUCUUUUUGCAUUUAGAGUGCCUUAUAAUUGAUGCCUAUUUUACUACCAUUUCCUUUGAGCUUUCGGUUCCUAUUUCCAUUCGUUGUUCAUCUAUGUGACUAUUCCGAUUAAAGCAUUCUCUGUUGACCACAUGUACAAAAACUCUUGAAAUAAUAUGCAUUCCUAGUUCUCCACCGAGUCGGGGAUGUUAGUGACUGGACCAGCCCAAAGCACUUGGAUGAUCAGGGCCCCUCUUCCUUUCCUCAUUGCCAACAUCGGGAAAAGCUCCUUGUUUGGAUUCACAAUUCCUUCCCCAUCAACUCUAGCGCACUCAGUAACCACACCCAACUUAUCGGAGUGACGAGUGCCAUUGCUCACUUCGGACGCCAUCUGCUUGGCCGUUAGGAUUGUGCUAAAGAACAUUGACAAGAUAGGCGCAUCUAUGUAGGGCUACAGACAGGCCUAUACAGGUACACACAUAGCACCCCCACCACUUUCCAACAUCAUUCCUAUAGGAAGCCAUGCAGGAUGGCAUGCCUUUGCCACAUCUCAUACCAUUGUAAAGAACCCUCCAAAUAGCCAAGGGACUCGGAAGGAGUUUGGGGAUCGGUAACAUAGUUCCCUUUGACUUUAGCAUCAUGGAUGUUCUGCAUCUAAGAAUUUCACUUUCCCAGAUUCCCAUCACAAGCAGAAUGACAUCCAAGAGACCAAACACUUGCAAGCGGGGUAUUUGAGCACUUUUGUAAAAAAAAAAAAAAAAAAAAAAAAAAAAAUUAAAAAAAAAAAGGAAAAACACAAAUAACACUCACAAAAAGUAUCUAGAAGGCUACCUCAGAACGAGACUCUCUAACCUACAUCAGAACCCGAGAAGAAUGUGCACUAUGUGGGUCUCCAGUUUUCUUUCACUUCCUAUCUUUUGGGGAUUUAUCCAAGUGCCAGAUGACUCAGUGCUGUCAUUUCCAUUUCAUGAAACCAAGGGGGUCAGACAGACAUUGCAUCGCGCGGCCCCGCCACGUUGGACGUGGGGAACCCGAUGGUGUCCCAAACACGAGAGCCAUUGGCCGGGGAGCGGUUUCCCCUGACACCAAAACCUGCCCAUCUGGCAGAGAGAAAGGGGACGUCACGAGAAGAAAAGUGACUGGGAUGCAAACCACAAUCGAAAGAGGCGGAGAUGAUUCCAGACAUCUGACCAUUCAGGCGCUGUUCCGAACACUAACUCCCUUACUGUCAUCGAUGUGCAUUCCACUCUGCUUCUCUGUACCACCAUUCUAGUUUCCUUUUCCCAGGUAAGCAUCUUGCUCCACCAUGACCACACACUCGCAAGUUUCCAGUUAUUUUCAUCACCAUAACCAGUACGGUGCUAUUAUUUACCUAUGUACGUGUAGUUAUGUAUAAUUUUGUAAUUAGUUACAAUGGUAAAAAUAUCAAAAUAUAUAAAAAGUGAUUUGUACAGAACUUUAUUUUAGCUCUUUUUUAAAAAUGAUUUGCAUGGUUAGACAAUGGCGAGGACAGCCAGGGGAGGGAAGGGCCUCUAGGGAACUUUGCACUUUCUAUACCUUUGUACUAUGCACUGCCCUAUUGAUUCGACACCCAAUAAUGUUAUUACUUGAACCCAUCUGUAAGAAACGGCUUCGGAAAUUCAUGGCUGUGUAUGUAAAUACCACAACAUAGAAACCGGAAGGGAAACAAUUCUGCCGUCAUACACACAUUCUUUUCUUUCCCGUUCAUUUCUGGCUCCACUUGGGUUGACUCCCCGCUUUCAUUUUUGAUUCCCUUUUCUUUGCUCCUUUUUGGGGUUGGCUUUCCUUUGGGUUGAUGGGUGCCCUGAUACUCCAGCAGAGAUCAGAAGGCUACAGAUCCAUCCUAUCCAUCUGUUACGUGGCUUUGCCAUCCGAGCUUGGAGUGUCUUUACAAAGGGAAUAACGGUUGUGUUCUUUGCUCUCGUUUUGGAUGCAUAGACUGAAACAUUUACAAAAAUUUAACUUGUAAACUGGCUUGUUAACAAAAAUACAAUUACCUCUAAUUAGUAGUACGCGUACAUGUUUUACAGAAUGAAAGGCGUGCUUUUUAUUUUCCUACUUCGUUACAUUGGUGGCGAAAGAAGUCUGUAUGAAAAUCAGUUCUUUGCUGACACAAGUUCCAUUUGUUACAAAUGAAUUCUAAUAAAAAUGUCAGUGUUAUGCACCCCUGGCCUUGG